AUGGGUGUCAAAAGUUAAAUUUAACAAAAAUAAGGGAGAAGAUUAUUUAUUUUAGCAGUUUAGCUAUUCUUAAUUCUUUAAUAUACUGAAAAAACAGGAGCUAGUUAUUUGCCUUUAAAGUAUUUUUAAACAGAAUCUAUUGAUAUUGCUGAGCAUCAACCAUGCUUAUAAUUACCAGAUAAUUAAUCAACAACCAUUUUAUUUUAAUAAUUGUUUCCUAGUAAAUAGCAGGUGUAAAGAAUUGCCAUAACAUUUAUAACAGCGUUCUUUGGGUAUAGCGCCUAUAGCUAUACUCUAUUUUCUAUUCAUCAAUCUAACAUUGCAAUAUCUCUUGAUUACAAUUUACAAUCAAAAAAGAUAUUUUUAAAAGUAAAUGAAAAGUCUCAAGAAACUGAUUACUCAGCUUUAGCUAUUGAAAAUUGGUUUUUUAUAAACUUAGAUAUUUAGCUGGUUGAUAGUAAAAUUGAAGUUUUAUUCUAGAUUCAUUUAUCUUCUUCUGGAAACACACAGAUUCCUCUUACAUACCCUUUUUUAGGUUAAUUUAUACAAAGUGAGCUUGAAAUAAAUUAUGGCAACCCUCCAAUAAGACUUGGUGUUAAUCCAUCAUGUUAAUUAAUAUCUCAUUUGAUGAUAGGAGUGGCAUAUUAAACAACACCUCCUUCAUAUAAUGAUAUAUUCUACUAAUUAUUCUAAGUAAAAACAAACUUAAUACUUAGCUAUGAUUUUUUCUAUACUUAGAGUAACCCUGGAGAGUUAAUUAGUGAUAUAGGAGAUUAGUUUCUGAAAAUAAAAUUGUAAAAUUAACAAUUAAAUAAUACCAUCAGCAUAAAUAGCAAUUUUAUUUUAACUAAUUAGCAUGAAACUAAUAAUUAAAUAACUUUUUCUUUUUAUAUUAAAUUUAAUACACUUCCAACUACUAUUUCUACUUAUCUAUAAAUAUUCUUUGAUAAGCACAGCUAUGAUUUACAGUUUGGAAAUAACUAAAUUAAAUUUGGAACAUAAACCAUAAAUUAAAAUAUUUAGAUAUGGAAUCACAUAUUAAUUAUUUAAUAAUACUAUCUCUAUUUAUUUGUGAAUGGAAUUGAACAAAUUAGUUUUGUAAAUAAUAUUCCUGUUUUUACAUUUAAAUAUUUUUUUUAUUCAAAUGACUCUUCUUUUUAGCUAAAUCAUAUCAGAAUUUAUACAGGUUCAUUGCUCUCAUAAGGAGCUAACUGCUUUCUUAAAAGCUCUGAUGGCUCAUGCGUAUUAUGUAUGGAUGAUUAUUUACUUGAUUUCUAAAAUAAAAUGAAAUGUGUUCCUAAAAGUGCUAUCAAUACUGAUAAUGAAAUUCCAGGAGUGAAAGAUUGGAAUCCUCCUAGAAAGGUGUGUCCUAAAAAUAUGAUUAAUGAUAAUUCAUCUAUAACUGGAUGUAAAUGCUUGAUAGGCUAUUACUUUGAUGGAAAUAAUUGUGUGAAAUGUCCAAAAUAUUGCAGAUAUUGUAAUAGUUUGUAAGAUUGCAACUAACAAAGAGAUGAAAAUGGUAAUUGUUAAAACAAAGAUGCUUUUGACAACGGAUAAAGCUGCUUAAUACCUCUAUUUACAAUUCCUCAUAGAUAAAAUAUCAGGAAGUUUGAGUCUCUUCCUGAUUUUGGAUAAACUUGCGCCUAAAUGGACACAAAUUUAUAAAACUUUAUCUUUGCAAAAGAUUAGUUAAAAUUUAAUUUAGGAGAUUCUAUAUUCUUUUCUUUUUAUUUGGUUGCAAAAACAAUUAAUAACAUUUUUAAUGAAAUUAACAUCGCGAAUAUAUAAGAUGGUAAUAAUUAGAUAAUCAAAAUCACUCUUAGUUGCCAAAUAGUUAAUUCUUAUUAUAUUUUAUUCCUCAAAUUUUAUGUCAAAGAUUAAUUAAAAAAACAGUAUAUUUUUGACUAAAAUGACUUUGCUUGGAUUGCUUUUUGGACUGAUAAUAACAAUUUUGUUUUUAUGAUGAGUACUAAUUAAUACAAUUACUAUGAUCAAUUGGAAGGGACAUUUUUAUUUAUUUUAUCCUCAAACAUAUAGAUUUGUGUUGGGAGAUGCGAUACAAAUUUAAUUAAUGGGUGCUUAUCCUUGACUAACUUUCCAAUAACAAUUGUUAAAAAUAUUCCAUAUCCAACUUAGUAAGGAAUAAAUUAAUUUUUUUCUAUAUUAUUGAAUGAUUAUUAAUUAAUUGGUAGAUAUAAGCUUGAUAUCAAUUAGUCCAAUCCUUUUAGCAGCAUCAGUGAUAGUAGUGGUUAGCCAUCUUAAUCUCAGCUUCAAUUUAGCAAUCCAGUGCAAAUUUUUAACUAAUUUUAAGGGUUUUAAUUAGAUUAAAAUAUUGUAGCUUCCAUAACCUAUCCAGCAAAUUAAUAUGGUGACCUAUUCAAUUUAUCUUUUAACAUUGAGUUUGACUCAUCAUUUUAAUAUCAGUCCUUUUAAUUACUAAAAAUUACAAACUAAAACACUUUCUUAAGCCUCUUUCUUGUUCCAGAUUAUGAUCAAUAAAUUAUGGUUGUCCAAAUUUAUUAUAUAAAUGUAUCUAAAACAUUUAAAAAUGCAGUCUUACUUUUGAAUUAAUCUAACUUUUUUUUAAUUGCUGCAAGAGUGGAAACUAAGAAAUAGGUUAUCGUAACCUUUUAUAUAGAUAUAGUUUGUAAUUAUAUCAAAGAAACAUUCGAAGUAGUGGUAAAUCCAGGAAAUUCAAUCUAUUAAAUAGAUUUUGGUGAUAAUACAACUUAAUACAAAGUAUUUAUAGAUAAUAUCAAUAUAUACUAGCAAAAUGUUUUUCUUUACUAUGACUAUACUAAUAUUGAUCCUUGCUUUGUUUAUGUGAAUUUGGCAUAUAUGAAUUGCUUGUACUUAAAGAGAGGGUAUUUAUAUUAUAAUAAUCAAAUCAUUACUUUUGAACAAUGCUCUAAUAUGUCCCAAUUAAACUAAGCUUCUUACAUGAAUUUAAAAGACUAAACUUGUAAUAUUAAAGUUCCAUAAAAUUUUUCUGAAUACUUAUGUGCUCUAAUGAGUUAUGAAAAUAAUAAGUUUGUAUGCUCAUUAUGUAAAGAUGGGAAUGCAGAUCCUAAUUUAAAUUGCCUUGUUUGCAAAAAAUCAUAUUUCUUUGAUAGUUUAACUAAUAAAUGCCAAUAAUGUGAUGCUUAGUGCUUAGCAUGUAAAGAUAAGAGUAGUAAUUGUGUUGAUUGCAAAUAUAUUAACUAAAUUACACCUAGCUGUGACUGUAUUUCAGUCAAGUAGACAUAAUAGAAUACAUGCUAAUGUAAUUAUAAAUGUGGAUCAUGCAGUGGUAUAGACAAUAAUAUUUGUAAAACUUGCUCUUCAGAUAGAAGGGUUAUGCCAAAUUGUGAUUGUAAUCAAAUAUAUGAAGAAAAAUCAAAAGAAUGUGUUGAAAUUUAAAAUCAAAUAAAUUGUGAUUAAAAAUGUUAGUACUGCAUUAAUACAACCGAUAAUUGUACAAUUUGCUCUAAAAACAGAAUAAAUCCGCCUUCAUGUUACUGUGAGUAUGGUUAUGAAGAACUAUCUGAUGGUAGUUGCUCUCCAUGCUAAAAAGGUUUUUUGUACGAUUCAAUAUCUAGAAAAUGUAAAGCUUGUAGCUAUAAUUCACAGUUAGGAUCAGGAUUAAAUACAUAAUAAUAAUGUCUUAAAAGCUUAAAUAUUACUUAUAAUAAUAGUUUUCAAGAAAAAAAAAAAUAUUACUUGAGAUUUACUUUCGAUAAAAAUUUAUAGAUUUUUAAUCUAUCUGGAACAGAGCUAAAUAAAAUUGCUUCAUUUUAUAUUCCUGAAAUAAAAAAUAGCUCAUAUUCAAUAAUCAACCCUCAAUUUAUAUAAAAUUAAUUUUAAGUUGAGAUAAAUGUAAAAGCUAACUUCUAAGCAGAUUAUAUUUUUGCAACCUUUCUAACUAAUAAAUACUUCUUAAGCUAAGAUUAAGAAUUUAUUUUAAAUGAAAAAUAUUUGAACACUUAAAUGAAAAUUAAAAUAGGGCCAUUUAUAUUUAAACAAGAAAUUUUAGAAAAUUAAGCAACUUUAGAUGACGUAUCAAGGACUUUUGUAUUCCCAUAAGUACCUGAUUACCUAAGCGAAAUAGAUAACAUAUAGUUCAGUCUCUUUAGCUAUCAAUUAUAAGGUAAAGAUGCUUAGUAACCUAAUUUUGCUUUUCUUAUUUAAGUAACAAAUGACUCUUUAGAAGUUAAAAACUUUUUUAAUUCAAAGAUUGAAUAGCGAUUAAGAAACAACUUUAGCUAUAAUCUUCAUCUGUAUCUUUAUUUAGUUUUAAGAAAUAAAUGGAGAAUCUUACAUUUAUCGAAUGGGAUUCUAUGUAUCAAUAAUACUUGUACUAACUUAAGUCUUAAUGUUCAAAUUUAAUACACAAAAUUUAAAGAGCAAUAAUCCGAUUUAAAAGGAGUAUUCUAGUAUGUACAUUGA